AUGAAGCUGAGGCAAUUGAAAGCACAUUUGGUUAGAGCACAGGAGCGGAUGAAGAAGCAAGCCGAUAAACACCGAAUUGAGAGGAGGCUAUUGGGAAUUAUAAGGCUGAGAUUUAAUGAAGGGAGGGACGACGAAGACGCUGACGGAGGAGACGCCGCCGCAGAUCGCCGUCUUACUCAUUCCGAAGGUUCCGAUGGCGAGGGUGGCGUGGCCGAAUACGACGACGAAGAAGAAUUGGAAGAAGAGGAAGAGGAGGAGGAGGAGGAAGAAGAAGAGUUGGAAGAAGAGGAAGAGGAGGAAGAAAGAGGUGGAGCGGAAGGAGGUGUGAAUGGCACAGUGGUUAAGGAUUCUGAUGUUGAUGCGAAAGCCCCUUUGGAAGAAUCAGGGAACGGGGAUGAGGAGGAAGAAGAGAAGAAGGAGAAUGAACCCUUUGCGGUUCCCACUGCUGGAGCAUUUUAUAUGCACGAUGACCGCUUCAGGGACAAUGCCGGUGCACGCCAUAGGCGCAUGCGUGGUGGAAGGAGACUGUGGGAGUCCAAGGAUGACAGGAAAUGGGGGCAUGAUAAGUUUGAGGAAAUUACUUUGCAAGAAAGGCACUACAAAGAGGGAAGGAGACCUUCCAAGGGUAAUUUUCGAGGCCGAGGUGGUAAAACACGAGGUGUUGAUCGCAGUGGAGGAGGAUAUGUUCGAGGUAAUAACAGAAAAGUAUAUGAUAAUAGAGGCAGUCAGACUCAGGCACCAAAGAGUGUUGUGCGAGGGAGAGGACCCCGGAGGUACGAGCCUACUAAUAAAAGCAAUGAUUCAUCAUCCCUGGUGCAAAAUAAACAAUCUGGGAAGCAGCCUGAGAAAACAUCACAUGUUAGUUCAGGGAAAACUUUCGCUCCAGUCUCCAAUUCAGAUCCUGAACCAGUGGCUGCUAAGAAACAAGUGUUUGCAUCAAAUUUGAAUUAUGCAUCUCCCCCUUUUUACCCUUCAAGUUCUUCCAACAAAGAUAUAAAUGUGACACCAAAAGGGGAUGUCCAAACUGGUGGUAUAAGCAGUAAUGUUCGCCCUGGUGUUGUGGAUGAGGGUUUUUUGGUUCAACAAAACAAUGCACUUCUUCGUGGAAAGAAUGUUGUUGAUCAUGUCAGCAUGGAAAAGCUGUACAUUGAUGGGCCUGGUGCUCCGCCUGUUGGAAAGGGUUUUAACAAUUUACAUAUUCCACCAGCUGGAUCAUCUGGAGUUAAUGCCUCUCAGUCUACUCAUCCAAGAGGUCCUGGGAGGGGUGGAGCAGUACCAGUACAGAUGAAUUAUCAGCCUGCUACUUCUCUUAAUCAAGUAAGUAAAAUUGAUCCGACACAACUCCAGGCUAUUCAGAGAACUGCUCCAGUGCGAACUUCAAAUUCUAUGCAAGCACCUGCUCCACAGUUGGGUCAUCGACCUGGUAGUGGGUCUCAAGCUUCAUCUCCCCCCAAAACAUCCGCCACAAUUAGUUCACUGGAUUCUGGAGAAAUUGAUGCAGCUUCAGAUUCGGGUAAAGUGAAGGGUGCAUUGGUUGGGAAGGGAAGGGGAGCUUCCCAGGGUGGUGGAAGGGGAUCUUUUGUUUAUGGUGGAGCUAUGGGCACUGCUGGAAAUAUCAGUGGUGGUCAUGGAGAUCAGAACUUUCCAGCCUUCUUGCCAGUUAUGCAAUUUGGAGGGCAGCAUCCUGGUGGUAUUGGAGUUCCUGCUGUUGGCAUGGCAUUCCCUGGAUAUGUUGCUCAGCCACAACUUGGUUUGGGAAACUCUGAAAUGACAUGGCUACCAGUUUUGACUGGGGCAGCAGGAGCUUUAGGGGCAGCCGGUGCUUUAGGAGCUACUUACUGUCCACCCUAUCUCACUGUUGAUGGUGCUUAUCAUGCCCGACAAUCAGGACAGACAUCUGCAACAGCUACUUCAAGCAAGGAAAAUAAUGUGAAUAAAGCUAACAAUGAAUGGAAGCCACCACAGAAAUCUGAGCCUGUAAAUGAUGAGUUUGGACAGCGGCAAAAUAAGCCCCGCAGAUACUCAGAGAUGAAUUUUGGGCAAUGAAGUAUUAUAUAGAAUGCAGCUUGUUUGAAUAAGAAGAUAAGGCCUUCUUCCUCCUGGUCCUUUGUUCUCCGGCUUUUGUUCUGGAGUACUUUGGGCACAGCAAUAUGUUUCAAGAAUUUUUAGUUAUAUAACGCCUGUUCAUGCUGUUCUCCAUUUAAAGAAGUUAAUUGCAGCAUGACAGGUGGUAGUUGCUUGUGUAAUUGUGCGAUUUUUCUUGCGUUCUGCUUUCGUGAAGCUCGUGAGAAACAUAGGCAGGCUUUUCUACCAACUAUGAAUGUGAGAAAAGAACGAUGAUUGUUUUGCAGCAACUGAUUGCUCGUGGAGUUGAAAAUUUCUUGUGUAAAUGCUUUUCAUAUUCAUCUGCUAUGGACUUGUGGUAAAUUAUUACGAGACGUGAAUAGUGUAAUCCUUUUUGAAUUCAAAAUUCAAUUUUAAGUGUUUUCGAUUGAGUGGUUUUGUUCUUGAAUUUAUUGUUUCUUCUAUUGAGAAUUGAGACUUGAGACUUGAGACUUGAGACUCAUACUUCCGUGUUUAUCAAGGGAAUAUAGUAUUGUUACCAAGGACAGGUUUUGUAUUCGAUGAAAAUGAUGCUUGGUUUUAAUUGUUACUC